UUUAGAUAAUGAACCUUCUUGGGAAAAUUUUAGCUGGCUAUUUAUGGGCAAACUUUUAAUAUAGCUAUUCCUAUUUCUUUGCCUUAUUUCUAAACUACUUCAGGCCUGAGGACUUGCGCCGUGAGUUUGGUCGAUAUGGCCCUAUAGUAGACGUUUACAUUCCACUUGACUUCUACACCCGUCGCCCAAGAGGAUUUGCUUAUGUUCAAUAUCCUUUAUUUAUUUAUUUAUUUAUUGUACAUGAGACUGGGCUCUAUGCUUGCAUGUAUAUAUACUUGCAUUCAGGAACAUAAAUUAUAAGACUAAUAUUGUCUAAUCCAAUGUGUUUAUUUCUUUAUCUCAGAAAAGCUAAAGCAGUCCACAGUAGCUGGCAAGCGCCCCUCAGUUUGAACCAACCUGUUAGCUAGAAUCCAAGCCUAAACCGAGCAGGCGAGACAAAAGGCACCUUAAAGGCCAAGCAAGCUUCAAGGAGUAAAGAGGGAGGGUGGACACAGAUAUAAAGACCUGGAAGAGGGGAAGUCUUUACCAAGCAAAAGACAAAGCCAGCAUCAGGUUGAGACUUCGGCUUUCCUACAUUUACUCAGAGAUCCAGAGUCAAAGCCAAGUCUGAUUUUGUUUGUUCUACGCCACUUAUAAAGUCCAUCUUGCAAGCAUUAAAGAGUAAAGGUCAAGGUUCAAGAUCAAGUGACACUGAGUGUCCUUAACAGCUAGUCAUAUUCGAAGAUGUCCGAGAUGCUGAAGAUGCUCUUUAUAACCUUAACAGAAAGUGGGUAUGUGGCCGGCAGAUUGAAAUACAGUUUGCACAAGGGGACCGCAAAACACCAGGUCAAAUGAAAUCAAAAGAGCGUCAUCCUUGUUCUCCAAGUGAUCAUCGAAGAUCAAGGAGUCCCAGCCAGAGGAGAACUCGAAGUAGAAGUUCUUCAUGGGGAAGAAAUAGGAGGAGGUCUGAUAGCCUUAAAGAGUCUCGGCACAGAAGAUUUUCUUACAGCCAGUCUAAGUCUCGCUCCAAAUCGCUCCCAAGGCGGUCUACCUCAGCAAGGCAGUCAAGAACUCCAAGAAGAAAUUCUGGUUCUAGAGGACGGUCAAGGUCCAAGUCCUUACAAAAAAGGUCCAAGUCAAUAGGAAAAUCACAGUCAAGUUCACCUCAAAAGCAGACUAGCUCAGGAACAAAAUCAAGAUCCCAUGGAAGACAUUCUGACUCCAUAGCAAGAUCCCCAUGUAAAUCUCCCAAAGGGUAUACCAAUUCUGAAACUAAAGCACAAACAGCAAAACACUCGCAUUUUCGAUCACAUUACAGAUCUCGGAGUUACCGUCACAAAAACAGUUGGUAAACAACAAAAGCAGAGCAUUACAUAGUCUUUAAUAUAAGUUAUUAAACUUCUCAUUAUGUUAAAUAAAAAUUCUUCAAGGCUUACAGGAAAUGUGGUUGAUAUUAGUUACUUUGGGCAUGUGCAAGAAAUAAUUACGUCUUUAGCUUUGGAUUAAUAAAUAUGUAGUCUGAAGGGCCCGCAACACAAACUACGAGAUGUUUAAAUGUCACCAUUUUAUGGACCAUUUUUUGUUUACAUUGUGACAGAGGGCAUUUUUCAAAGGAAACCAGUAAAAUCAAUCUUGAAUCCUGAAUUUGUGGAUGUUAAGUAUUAGUCAUUUUAAUACUUUUUGCAAACAUUUUUUACUUUAAAGCACUUUACUUUCUAUAAAAAGUAAUUAUGAUUGUAUUAUUGCUAGGAUCGAUUCAAACUUUUGACAUUUUUGUGUCUUGUGCUUAAACUUGAGCAAAUUUUGACCAGCAUUACGUCAUAUUCUGAAGUUCUAAAAUUUCCAAAAGAAUUUUUAUAUAGAGAUUGAGCAUCCAAAAGACACAAUCUGAGAAGGGACAGUAUAGUAGGAAGGGUGCUUGCCUUACAUAUGGCUGAUUGGGUUUAUCCCAAGCACCCCAUAUGGCCCACUGAAUCCCACUAAGAGUGAUCUUGAGCAUCACCAGGUGUGGCCCCAAAACCAAAAUAAUAAAUGAAAUACAAUCUAGGGUUGGAGAGCUGGGUCAAAUAGUAAAGUACAUGCCUAGCCUAGGCAAAGCCCUGACUCUUAAGCCAGCACCACAUGGCCCCUGAGCACCACAACUAGGUGUGGCUCUGGUGAUUCCUGUAGCACUGUUGAGAAUGGCUCCUGUAUAUAAAAGGUAAAGUUAAGCCCUACCCGAGCUCAGAAGUUUUGCUUUUAUUCAGUAGAAUAACCUAGAGAGAUUUAAAUUCUGUACCAUACUCACUUCAGAAAGAUCAAAAUAGUUAGAAAUUAUGACAUUUGAAACUUCUCAAAAAAGUGUAUGACACUCAGUCCAAAAAUUCAUAUUAAGCCUUACAUAUUUGAACAGUCGUACAUCUUUUAUAUGUAAUUCAUUUUAUACUAUUAUUUCUACAUAUGUACUCUUUAUCUUCAGCUUAAUUUUUUUCUUUCUGGGACUAGCUCAAGACUUUAAAUUGUAUAAAUAAGUUUGUUACUUUUGAAAGUAUUUAGUACCUCGUAUUAAAUGUGAAGCUGCAUCCUCAAAAUUAACUUUGCAGUGUUCAGAUUUACAUUACAAGGCCCUUUUGUUUUUUUUUUUUUAUCAAAAUAACUUGGUAUUUAUUGCUUUUGUAGUUAUUACUAAAAAUUUCUUUAGAAACAUGUUUGUAGUUUGUUUUUAGAGGAUUUUUGGUAGUAUUUGUGAUAAAAAUGGUUUUACAUGGUUAGGGGAUAUAUUUAUAAAAUUCUACUUGUUGAGUAUCUUGUUGAAUUAUAUUGAAAAUUAAACAUUCUCAGCCCAUAUAAUUAAUAUUUGUAUCUAGAGUACUUAAGAAAAAUAUCCUAUUUUUAGCAUAGAGGACCCAGUAUUGUUACUAUUUGUUUUGAAUAUAAAUUUCUUUUUUUUCCCCUCAUCUUAGAGUAUGUGUAAGAAACAACCUUAAAAAUAAUUUAUAUGCUGAUAUUUAGACAAGUACCAUAAAUUCAUGUAUACUGUACUUUCUAAAUAGAUUUUCUCUAUUUAGUCAUAGAAAAGUUACUUCAAAACUAUAAUUUUUUGAGUGUUCAACUGUAAUAAAAUUAGUUAUAACAUUUGUGGCACUCUUGAAAAUUUAAAGGCUAGUCCAAAGAAAGAGUAAGACAAAUAGUAACUUUUUAUAUUUUCUAAAUAAAAGAAUUUACAUUCACACA